AUGGCAUCGGCCGAACAACCGUUGCCCUAUGCCCCGAGAACAAGCAGCAUAUCCGCGUUUGUAGAGGCCCCCCCCAGCGACUCCCACCGCCGAUCAUCUUCGUCCGUCCCGACGUCCAAGUUCGCCGCCGACAUGUCUCAACCUCCCCCGCGCCCCGCUCGCUCCCCGCUACCCCAUGGUUUCAAUCCCGCCGACAUGGACCGCCUAUCCGACCCAAAUGUCAAGGACAAGAUCGUUUCAACCGGCACCAACCCCUCGUCGCAGCACAGCUCUCUCUCGGUGCCCCUUCCAAAAGUACGCCAUGACCCGUCUUUGCGCCGGGCGCGCAAGCCGCGCUCUCAAUACCCAAGGAGUAGCACCGAGAGCCACGUCGAGUACAUCCUGGUCGCUUCGUUCGAUAUCGAUAGGGGGCCGAUCAUGGAGCACCAGUAUCCUGUCGCUAUCACUGGAGAUGAACAUAUGCUUGCGGAACUGAUGCUUCCGGAUCAGGCUCACGUCAGAAAUCAGGAUUGGACAGUUUUCUUUCUUCACAAAGAUAGCAGCCAGGAAGAGGACGAUGCUGAACGGCAGGCCAAAGAAAGUAGGCGAGCCCGGAGACGGCGCAGACGGGACCGGGCAAAGGGGAUAAUACAUGAAUCGGAUGAUGAGGACGACGGUGGUGAGGAGGACCUGGACGAUGACGACGACGACUGGGAUGAUGAUGUGUCAACCGAUGAGGAGCCAGAAGGCGGCGAGGGACCGCCGUUGGUCUAUGUGUUGAACUUGGUCAAUACCAAGCAGGACAAAACGGUCAAGAGAGGUGCCGUGGUCAAGGCUAUGGCUAUUUGCACGCGGCAUCCAUUUCUUCACAUAUACAAGCCCCUAUUACUACUCGCUCUAGAAGAGUACUUCAAAUCACCAGUACCAGAAACACUAUCCAUGUUGUUCAACGCCGUCAACGAAAUGGACCUUUCCCUCAUGCCAAAGCUCAGCCUGCUGGAAAGACACCUGCUCCAAGCCAGCGAUAACAAGGACCUAUUCGUCGAAAAGUUUGAGCGCAUGAUCCAAGCCCGCAUCUCGGAAGAAACAGCAGAAGACGUGGCAGACCAGCCCUUUGACGCCAGCCGCAGCCCCCCAAGACGACCAGGUAUCUUCCGCUCAGGCACGAAAUCCUACAUUGAAACUCACACGGGCGCCUACGCCGUGCCGCGGGACACUCACGAAUUCGAAAGCAAAGUCAUGUACAAAGGCAUCCCCAUCCCGAUCAAAGUCCCCGUCGCCGUCAUGCCCGAGACGGUCGGUGACUUCUCCCUGAUCAAACUAAUCCAAAACUUUUCGGACUCCCACGCCAAAUCCCCCCAAACCUUUGCCCUUCAUCCUCACCUAACCACCAACGGCCCGACAACCCACCCGAUCAUCGUCCUGGCCAAUGCUCUGCUGACACAAAAGAGAGUCAUCUUCCUCGGCCACAACAUGCCCUCGGGCGAAGUAGCCGAGGCCGUCCUGGCCGCCUGCGCGUUGGUAUCAGGGGGGUUGCUCAGGGGCUUCACCCGGCACGCGUUUCCCUACACGGACCUGACCAAGAUUGACGACCUGCUCAACGUGCCCGGGUUCAUCGCCGGGGUGACGAACCCCACGUUUGAGCACCACCCGGAGUGGUGGGAUUUGCUGUGCGACAUUCCCUCGGGCAAGAUGAAGAUCUCGUCCAAGAUUGAGUCGGCGCCCAUCACGGAGGGGUUGGUGUACUUUCAGCAGCAGAACCCGGCGUACGCGAACUUCAUCAACGGGGCGUCGGCCGGGUCGGGGAGCGCGGCUGCGGCGGGGCAGCAGACGGGGGAUUUGACGGGGGAUGCGGCGUUCAUGGCGGAUAUACUGAGGUGUAUUGCCAACCGGUCGGGGGAGAGGGUGGUGAGGGCUAAGUGGAGGGAGUGGGUGCUCAAGUUUACGAGGAUCGCGGCGGCGUUUGAGGAGACGGUUUUCGGGGCUAGUGCGCUUUAUAUCGGGAGUGAUGGGGAUGGGGAUGGUGGUGGAGGUGGGGGUGAUGGGAACCUGGGGCAGGCGGCGAUGGGGCAUGGGUACGUAUGGGCCGAUGAGGCGACUAAAGCAAAAGAGCUGGCGGGGAAUGUGACGAGGAUUGAGGGGUGGCGGAAUACUAGGAGUUACUAUUCGUUUAUCCAGUCAUACACGGUCCGCCCGCUCAAGGGUUUGGAUUUGGCACACAUGCACGACCGGUUGCGGACGCAGAAGCUGACUCCCCAGCAGAGCAAGGAGAUUUUUGAGGCGUUUUACAACUAUGUCUGGUCUUAUGAUGAGAUUUGUUUGCUGCUGAGUGUUGCGCCGGAGUCUCACGCGGGGCUGUUUUAUAUUGCCUUGGGACUGUUCCACAAGGAUAGGGACGUGAGGGUCAAGACGGCCGAGUUGCUGGAUAGGAUUGCUGAGCAUGAGGCGGGCCAGCAUUGGUGGAGGAGCCUGAGCCGGUUUGAGAAGCUGGCGUAUGUGAGGAUUAAGAAGGAGGUUGAGCAGGAGGGGAGAGGGGGGAGGGAGGGGGGCGUGGUGAGUCCUGUUGAUAGCAAGAGGGUUAGCUCUGGGAGAAGGGUGAUAUAA